GACCUCCUGUUCCUGUUGACAUACAUAGUGCCCAGGGACCAGAACCUCUCAAACCAGAGUUGAGAAGAUCCAUUUCGGCGCAUGAUAUGAACUCACAUUGAAAAUCCUUCGCUUUUAAUGCCCAUUAUUUCCCAUAGCAUCACAGUUUGUUUUGGAGUCAGUCGUCUAGGUUACUGGAACAUUCAAAUAUACCUCGGCUGACAACAAAUCUCCUCAUCGCGUUCUCCUUUUCAAAAUUCAUCCCUUCCAAACCUCUCACUCCUAAUAUAUCCCCUUUAAUAUCUUGAUAAAAGAAACCAGGUACUACUCAACAUGUCACACGAGGAGCUUAAGAGGAGAAGACGAGAGGAUUAUGGCUACGUUUUGGAAUAUAGAACACGCUGGUCUGAUAACGAUAUGUAUGAUCAUAUGAAUAACAGCAUUUACAACUUCCUGUACGAUUCAAUCGUAAACUCAUAUCUUAUCGAACAUUGUGGUCUACACCCACCCACCUCGUCUCAGUACGGCCUAGUUGUGCACUCCCAUGGUGAUUUCUUUGGUUCAAUUGCAUUUCCAGCUGUCGCUGAUCUAGCUCUACGUGUCAACAAGCUUGGGAAUAGCAGUGUUACUUACGAAAUCGGUUUAUUCGAGAGAGGGGUCGAGGAAGUCAAGUCGGUGGGUGAAAUUAUUCACGUUUUUGUUGACAGAGAGACUGGCAGACCAGCAACGCGAGGUAUGAACGACACAAUCAAACAAGGACUCCGAAAGAUCCUCCAACCACAGCCAAAACUUUAAUAAUCUCAACAAAUGCUCUGAUCUUACGUCAAUUCACGCAUCCAAUUAGCCUCGUAGGUCAGGCUGCCAAGAUGAACCAACACAAACCGUUCUACAGAUCAUAACGCAAAAUUCUCGAUACAAGGAAAGAAGCAUUUCACUACACUCCCGUUGCCAUUGCUAAGUGUACCGAUGUAAUGGGAAUGCUAAAACGGAAAUUUCGCUAUUUGCUUAAACUCCGAACCAAUGAAAGUAGAUACUGCCGAUUAGCAUCAAUUUGGGGAAACCUCGCAUGUAUGGUAAUAUCCAUAUGUACAUACUAGUCCAUUUAGUCUCGGGAUAGAUACACGCGUUACUAGUUCAAUUUAUCAUCAUGAUAUGUUGGCUUGGCUGAGAAGCUGGCAUAUCUCAUUGUACCAAAUCAUUGAGAGUUUCUUGGAGCGGGAUAUGACGGUAGACUCACUCACUGCACUUUCCACUUUUGCACUCUUGGCAAUGAGGGGAAACAAUUCAAGAGAAGAUCAGAGAUCAAAAAUUUCCAAAAGAGAGUUCAAGUAGGUAAUAGAGAAUCCGGUUAAAUUGCGGAGUCCUCGGUUAACUUCCCCAGUAAGAUCAACAACCCCCGCA